AUGGAGGAGAAGCUACGGGGAGCCCUGCUGGAUCACCGGAGGUUCGUCAUGUCGUCGUUCGCCGGCGUAACUGUCCUCGACGGACACAACCAGUGCCAUUGCGAAAUGUCGGGCAUCUACGCCAGCGCCGGUGUGGACGCCGGGUACCACCUGCUCAUUGUCAAGGGCUACUCGCGUACCAAAGAGUUCUUCCCCACCGGCGAGAACAUCACCUCCGGUCAUUUUGUAGUAGGAGGCCACGAUUGGUUACUCGAGUACUACCCCAACGGCUUGGACCCGAGCUGCGCCGACUACAUUUCUGUGUAUCUAACCCUUCUCUAUGACUCCGAUGUCGAUGAGGAGGACGUGGAGGUCAAGUUCAGUUUCAGUCUCAUCAACCAGGUUGAGAAGCAGAUGCCAAUGUACAUUCGUGGAACUAAAACUUACAGCUUCUCCAGCAGCGUUCCAAUGUGGGGCAUCAGCAAGUUUGUGAGAAGAGAUGCCCUUGAGCAGUCCCCGGAUCUGAUAUCUGAUUGUUUUACCAUCCGGUGCGACAUCAUGGUUUGCAAGGACCCCAAAACUAAGGAUGAUGCCGGUGGCACCCUGCCUGACAUUCACCAGCAUUUCAGCAAUCUCCUUGAUGAUAAGUUGGGUGCUGAUGUGGCAUUUGAGGUCGGCGGUGAGACGUUCGCCGCACACCGCUGCGUGCUCGCAGCCCGAUCCACAGUGUUCAGGGCACAACUCUUUGGCCCCAUGAAGGAGGGCACUGCCACGUCCAGCAUCAUACAGAUCAAGGACAUGGAAGCAAAAGUGUUCAGGGCUUUGCUUAGCUUCGUCUACACAGACUCAUUCCCUGAGAUGUACAAGGACAUCAUGGAGGAAAAUCACAUGAUAGAUUUUGAGGAGCAAGAACAAGCAGAUGAAGCUGUAGAUGAUGAAAUGUCAGAAGCUGUGGAACCAGGACAAGAAGAGCAUGAAAUUUGGCUGCAAGACUUGUUGGUAGCGGCAGACCGAUAUGAUCUCCAGCGGCUCAAGUUCAUAUGUGAAAAGCGGUUAUCUGAGUGCAUAGGUGUGAACUCGGUGGCAGCCACCCUUGCUCUAGCUGAGAAGCACCACUGCCACGGAUUGAAGGAGGCGUGCUUGGAGUUUAUCCAAGUCCAGUCUCCCUCACGUUUGAAGAGAGUAAUGGCAACAAGUGGCUGGGAGCAUAUAAUCACAACGUAUCCCUCUGUUCUGAACGAGUUCAUUGCCAAGCUUAUUGCUUCAAGACGGAAGUAA